AUGGCGGACGAUCGCAGCGACGACGGCAACCGCAGCGGGGCCAGCGACAUCGACCUGCCGCAGCGACAGGUCGUCAUCCCCGACGCCGUGGACCAUUUCCUGGGCAAGCUGAAGGACAGCCUGGAGACCCGCAACAUCCCCGACAUCAACAAGCUGUACGAGGAGGAUUUCAACAAGCUGAGCGAGAAGCACUACAAGGCGCCCAGGAACAAGCACGAGGACGGUAGGUGGCCCGCGGCGGAUGCUGUGAGAGACCAGAUUUCGGACCACCCUCUGUUCCUCAUCCUCUACAAGGAGCUGUACUACCGGCACGUCUAUUCCCGCCUCCAGCCCACCUUCGAGGACCGCAGAGGUUCGUGGGAGAACUAUUGCAAGCUGAUCGAGCUGCUCAUCUCUGAUCUGGAGGAAGGUGACGAGCUGACCGUCGCGCUCCCUCCCCAGUGGAUCUGGGAUAUCCUCGAUGAGUUCGUUUACCACUACCAGACCUACUGCAAUUUCAGGAACAAGACGAUCAACCUGGAAGCGAAGAAUCAGAAGUCGGACAUCCUGCUUCUCAGGGCAAACCCCAACGUCUUCGAGACUCCCGCAGUUCUUUCUUAUCUGCAGCAGCUCAUCAACGCCUCAAAGAUCGAGGAGUUCUUGAAGAAUCCUGACUCGGAGAACAAGAAGGGCCUCGCGUACAAGGAUCCGUCGGCCCGGUUGUUCGGCUAUUACGGGCUGAUGCAGAUGCUCCGCAUGCACAGCCUGCUGGGGGACUACCACUCCGCCAUGCAGACCAUCGACCAUAUCGACUUCCACCAGGAGGUGCCCCUGUUCUACAAGAUUCCCGCGUGCCACGUCUCCCUGCACUACUACAUGGGCUUCGCGUACCUGAUGAUGCGGCGCUACAAGGACGCCAUCCGCACCUUCGCGGACGUCAUCGUGUGGCUGUCGAAGACAUCCGGAGUGAAUCAGUCUUCUUACCAGUACGACCAGAUGAGGAAGAAGGAAGAGCAGAUGUACUCAUUGCUCCUUAUCUGCACGGCGCUGUGCCCCCAGCCGCUCGACGAGUCCAUCAACAAGCAGAUCGGGGACCGCUUCCCCGAGAAGCACGCGCGACUGCAAAGGGGCGAGGCGAAUUGCUUCGAGGAGCUCUUCUCCUACGCCUGCCCCAAGUUCGUCUCCGCCGCCGUGCCGAGCGACCUCGGCGAGGGCACCUUCAAGUUCAACGAGGCCCACGAGCGUCAGCUGCACCUGUUCCUCCAGGACGUGAAGCAGCAGCACCUGCUCCCGCGCAUCAGCUCCUACAUGAAGCUCUACACCUCGCUGCAGACGUCAAAGCUGGCUCAGCUCUGCGAGAUGGACGAGGAGGGCCUGCGGGACCAGCUCAUGUGCGUGAUGAACAAGACGCGGCAGCAGGUGAGGCAGAAGGGGCGCCCCCUCGACGGCGAGCGUGAGCUCUGCAGCGAGGUCGAGUUCUACCUGGACGGCGACAUGGUCCACAUCAACGCCCAGAAGACCGAGCUGGCCCACUCGGACAUCUCGACGAAGGAAAAGCGGCACAGGCACAACCGUUCGGGGGUUCGCGCGAAGUUCGGGGCCAGCAUGCGGAUCCGGGCCCCCCCGAGGCGGCGCUUGCGGCGCCGCCCCUGGCGCGCUCCACGCGCCAGGGGGUCUGUCGCCGAGCCGAGAAGAUCGGGUGGACCUGCGAGAGUUUGUGCUCGUGCCGCGUUUUCUUCUCCCGACGUCUUCAUGGAGCAGAUCUCAAAGUUCCAGGACCUCAUCCAGAAGAUGGAGAAGUAG